AUGAAGCACAGAGUCAUGCUGCUGUUGGUGGUGGUUGAGAGCAUAGUCUCUACAUAUAGUGUAAAGGACUCCAAGGAACAUUUCACCAAGCACUGGAUUGCUAAGUUUAAGUCAUUCUUCGACAUCACUGACCCCAAUGGAGAUGGGGUAGUCACUAAAGAGGAAUACAUCGAUGCAACAGCAGAGCGAGCUGGAAAAGUCUUGGAAUCCUGGCGAGCCAAGGCCGUAUAUGGUAUUAUGUCCGAACUGUAUCAAUAUUGGUGGUCUAACGCAAACACCAAUUAUAAGAUAUCCAUGACAUUCGAGGAAUUGCUCCCAGCUGUUGAGAAGGAGGUCGGCGAGGAGGUCCCCCAUGACUCCUGGGAUUGGUUUCACACAUUUGACCUCGACUGCGAUGACAAACUGACUGUAGAUGAGUAUUCCAACUUCCUUUUUGUAUUCCGCAACAAGGCCCCUGUUCAAGACAUAUUUAAAGCCAUUGACCAUAAUGAGAAUGGUAUUCUUGAUGGUGAAGAAUUCACUAACGCAUUCCAUCAUGCACUUUUUGACCAAAAGGCCAAUCCCGAUGAAAUGAUAUUAGGCUCCCAAAAUUGA